AUGCAGUCCAGCUCUCCUGCCGGACCGCUCGGUGGCGAUCCUUUUGAGAACAUCCGUCAUAACCUCAGCGCUCCAUGCGCCCGAAAAGUAUUCGACGAUUAUGAUGAGAACGAUACACAAACCAUGUUGGGGAUGUUCAAGAAUCUCUAUCACCGCUACGCUCACGACAGCAGCUUACGACAGCUUGGUCCCGGUCGUGGAACGCUCUCAAGCACUGGACCGUACCUUGUAAAGUGGAAGAAUCUGAUCAUUCAAGGGCUUGUCCACGAUGAAGUCUUCCAACGGAUGGUUGUCGAUGACAUUUUCUGCCAUAGGAUAGUCGAAUGGAACGCGCUUCGCCUGCAGGAACCGUGGCUACAAGGCAUUUACUUUCCCGGGUUCUAUGACCUUUACAGCGAAUGGGACGCAAGUCCGCUUGCAGCCUUGUCCACGUUUACACGCACGCCUAGUCAAGAGCAAAAUCUCACGCAAGAUGUCAUUCAACGAGCCAAGCACAUCCUUAUCAGCCUCAUACAGCAGUUUGAAGGACACCACCGCGAAGAACAUGAUAUUACUCUUCUGCAGGAGAUCAAACUGCCCGCAACCGAUACAGAUCCUUAUGUCCUCACUCUGCUGAAGCUAGUCAUGACUGAGAAGCGUAGGAAUAACGAGAGCGCCCUCCUGACAAGCGAUCUGCAAGACAACUGGCUUACGCCCGACCUGGGCCUUGGCCAACGGCUGGAAGAAGAGGCUCCUACGCAGCCGCCGGGGAACACGAUCAUUGAUGGCUUUGGCGCAACCAUCAUAGGAUUCCUGAAACAAGCACGGCCAAUCACCAUCAGCUUCUCUGAGCCUGACGUUCCCACUGAUGUAGUUAGUCGCCUCAAGUCUGCAACAGGAGAAGCAAGGCCCGACAAGGUAUACGAGGGCGUGAUGGCUCCACGUUAUGAGGACAAUGCGGAGCAAGACUCUUACAUCGAUGAUCCUCGUUUGUAUGACUGGCUAGCGACGGUUGACAAGGGAAUGUCUUGCUGUACCUUCUAUCCAGGAUUUUAUCUUCCACUUUGCGGUGCCAUACGUUACCACGAGCCGGAAUCUUCCAGACAGAAUCAGUCGUCCCGGCUACAUCUGGAAGGUUCCGAAGAGCUGAUGGACACACCUUCUGUCGGCAGCCUUCACCAUAACUCUGGCCGGCAUACAUCCGCAGCGCUCGACCCACGGGUUAGGACAGAUAGCGACGCAGAUGUUCUUGAAGGAGCCGAGAAUUACGUGAGAAAGGAAUUCCGCACGAAAGAUAGCUUCUCCAUUGAUCACUACGACGCGUGCAUCGGAGUCCUUUCAGGGCGUUAUGCACGGCCAAUCAGCGUCAUCGGCAAACCCAACACGCACUACGUGUUCCGGAGCUUCAAUCGAAAUCAACUCCUGGACAACUGGUAUCAUGUACGCGGCCUGCUGUACGUCAUUCCUAAGUACUACAACAAAGCCCGGCGGUCGUUGUGGGCCAAUUGCACACAGACAGAGGAAGACCUCUGCCGCUGCUUCUCUGCCAUAGUCGCAGCCAAAGACCCUAUCCCAUGGAUUCUCGGCCUAGAGUGGCUUUUGCGAGACUUCUGGAGGAAGAUCGUUCAAGCCUUGCGCGCGCCGCACGACGGUGAAGUUUCCGUUUCAUCUUUUGAAAGCGCGCGUCGGAUCUUCAACGAGUUAUGCCUGUUAUCCCACGGGAUCGCGAUCGCUGCGAUUGUCACUCGUCAUCGGUUCUCCACACAACUAGCUGUUGCGAGCGGCAAUGAGCCAGGCAGGCGUGAAAUGACGAGAUAUUGGUACAUUGCGCUUCGCCAAUGGGACGAUAUAUGCGCUGGAGUUGAUUGCCAGGCCUCGCUCCCUCCGUCGCUGGCACACAGUCCAUCAUUACGGCAAAUGCUUGCAGCCGGAACCCGAGAACUCAGAAUCGGUGAUCCAGACAUCCGUGGCUUGUUUUCGAACAACAGAGACACAGGCUACCCUUGUCUGUAUGCCGCUAUUGUCAACGUUAGGUCAGUGCCGCUUUGA